UUAAUUCCGGGUUAAAGUAGGAACGCGCUGCUCGCUCGCGCCGCGGCAUUUUCAGUUUUGCUAACAUAAAAUGCCCCUAAUAGUAAUGUGUGGCUACCCGUGUAGUGGUAAAACACGGAGGGCAGAAGAGCUGAAGGCGCAUUUUGAGAAAAACAUGGAAAGACUGGUUCAUGUUGUUGGAGACGAAGCCCUGGGCGUUGAUAGAAACGGUGUUUACUCAGAUUCUCAAAAGGAAAAAAAUGUCAGAUCUUCUUUAAAAGCUGAUGUAGAGAGGAAGGUCAACAAGGACAAUAUUGUUAUCCUGGACUCAUUAAACUACAUUAAAGGGUACCGCUAUGAACUCUUCUGUCUCAUCAAGCACGCACAGACGCCGCACUGUCUGGUGCACUGUUUGACCUCGGAUGAAGAGAGCUCGUUAUGGAACAAAAACAGAGAUGCUGCGGAGCAGUACAGCCAGGACAUCUUUGACGCAUUGGUCCAGAGGUUUGAAGCACCGGACUCCAGGAACCGAUGGGACAGUCCUCUCUUCACCGUCCUGAAGGAUGACCCGCUUCCGCUUGAGGCAAUUUCUGAUGCACUUUUCAAAAGAAGAGCUCCCCCAAAGAACCAGUCUACUCAGAGCCAACCCCUGUCUUCUGCAAACUUCUUGUACGAGUUGGACAAAGUCACUCAAGACGUGUUAACGGCAAUUUUUAACGCUCAGAAGACCAGUGUUCCCGGGGAUCUCAUCUCAGUUCCAGGAGCUACAGAGAAGGUGGAGCUCAGCAGGAGCAUCAACAUGGCGGAGCUGCGGAAACUCCGGCGCCAGUUCAUCAGCUACAGCAAGAUGCACCCGACAGAAAACACGGGACAAAUCGCCAACAUGUUUGUUCAGUAUCUAAAUAAGAGUCUUCAUUGA